UGGAUCCGAUUCGAACAGAAAGAGAGCGAAAGCGAGAGAGGUCUCGCCGAUGGAAGGUGGAAUCUCCGUCCAUUCAGAUCCAGAGUCAUGUCGUGGUGACGGUGUUGUUGUUGGAGCCGGUCAGAAAACAAAGAGAGGCAAAGUGGUAAAGGGAGAUUCGGUUUCUCUGGGAGUGGGAGUUGGAGGUACCCAGAAGACAAUGCUAGCUGACAUAACUAACAUGCAGCAGCAGCAACAACAACAGAGGUGUGAAAAGCUGAUAAAGCAGCCGGAGAAACAGCAGUUUGUGCCACUUGGUGAAGCUGACGUCUCUACUGAACAGCUUCUUAAGGAAAAUGCAACAUUGAGGAAGCUUCUAGCUAGCAGAAAUACAAUUAUAGAAUCAUGCAAAGCAGAGCUAGAAAAGUCUCGUAGCAAUUUUCAGAAUCUACGGAAACAAAAUGCGGAACUUGCCCUGACAAAUAGUCAAAUGCUGGCGGAACUUAACUCUAGUAGACAGAGGCUAAGGGAACUUCAGCUUGAACUAGGAGGCAAAAAUGGCAUUCUAAAAGCUAUGAAAUUAGAAUUGACGGCAAAAGAGAAAACAGAAAAGUUGCAUGAAAGUAUUGGAAAUGAGGUUGCAGCAGCUCAGAUUAAGCAGCCAAAUCAAUCAUUUCAAGAAGAGAGCAAGGAAGAUAAUCUUUGCCAUGCAAAACGGAGGAGAGUUUCCAAAUCUCAAUCUGCUGCACCUGCUGUUGCUAAACAAUUAACAUCCAAAGAAAAGAUUGAGAACCGGAGGUAUUCUAUGAGAAGGGAAUCUGUGAAGUUGAAAGGUGAGAAACUUGAACCAGCUGAAGACAAUUUCUCUGAAGAAAUCAAACAUGAUGACUUGCAUCUUCAAGAAACUAUGGCAAAUGAAAAUGAACGAACAUCACUUGGAUCCAAUGUUAACCAAGAACAAGCUAGAGAAGAUACUUCAUCUUCAGGACCAACUAACUCUGAACAAGUUAAUGCCAAAAAGAAUAUCGAAAAGAAAAGGAAAAGCAUGAGAAGGCAAUCUGGAAGGUUUAAGCCCUUAAAUCCAGAAGCAACUGAAGAUUCUUUUGAGGUUGAUGAUGCUAAAUUUGCUGUCUCCCAUUUAUCUGGUAAUGUGUCGGAUAAAAGUGCUCCAAUGAUAUCAAGUGAAACUUCUCAACAAGAAAACAAAGAAACCUGUACAUCUAAUCCUUGGGAAACUAGAAGAUCUUCUGUUGGGCGUCCGAUGCGUCAAACAGUUGGGAAGGUUGUCUCAUACAAGGAAAUUCCGGUAAAUAUGAAGAUGCGUAGACCUAAAUGACUCAAUUUUAUGUCUCUGUUCUCAGUGAAUUAAUUACGUUACUAUCAUCACUUAAACGGCAUGGUGGAUAAUAUCUCAGUACUUACUCUGUCUUGAUCAUGUGGUCAUGUGAAUUGACACCAAUUUCGUGGCACAAUUGAUGCAUCCGCUGAUAGUAGUAGAAUCAUGAUGAUUAACUUGAAGGAGUUAGACUAUUUUUUUAGGGAUUUCGUUAACAUGCAUAUGUAAUCUAGAAAACUAAUUUAUUAAUAAG